CACGGUUUAGUAUUUUCACUCUUUCCUAAACCUGCAAUUCGAUGUGAUUCAGGAACCGAAACUGCCACAACCUCUCCGCGCCGCCGCCAAUUCGGUAGUUUCUUUAACCUGCAACAUAGUAGUAUAUUCCCAGCUUGUGAACUUCUUCCAUGGCGAUUUGUUUUCUCCAUUAACGGCGGCAAGGUGAUUCAGAAAUCCUACCUUCUUUCCUUGUCAUUUUCAGUAAAUUUCAUCAAACCCUCAUCUCCCCUCCCUGUUUUAUCUCUUUACAUACUUCGUUUCUACUUUAAAUUACGACCCUCAUGAUUCGAUCGUCUCGCCAAUGUUUACGUCACUGGAAGUCAUCGUCUCGUGCAGUAUCCAUCGGCUUUACAACUUCAAAUUCCAUUUUCCACCAAACAGCUCACCCGACGAGUUCGGAGAAUCAUCGUAAUCCCACCUUGUUAGAACAUGAUCUUUCUCUUCUGUUAAAACCCACUUAUAAUUACAAUCGAAAUUCACAAUUUUUCCAUGAAAGGAUCAACCUGAACACUGAACUCAAGUUGAAGCUCGACUUGUUGAGAUUAUUAGGUCAGACCAGUAGGUUUUCUACUUCCACUGGUGCAGCAGACGACAAGGAUAAUAAUCCUUUAAAGCAGAAGGCGGCGAUAUCCUCGUGGGUCGAUUUGUAUCUGCCAGAGAAAGUUCGGCCUUUUGCUCAUCUUGCACGUCUGGAUAAGCCCAUUGGAACAUGGCUGCUUGCUUGGCCAUGUUUUUGGUCAAUUACAAUGGCAGCAUUACCUGCAAACCUUCCUGAUAUUAAGAUGUUAAUGCUAUUUGGUUCCGGGGCUCUACUCUUGAGAGGUGCUGGAUGUACUGUGAAUGAUCUUCUUGACCGUGAUAUUGAUGUGAAGGUUGAUCGAACAAAAUCAAGGCCAAUUGCGAGUGGCCUUAUAACACCGUUUCAAGGUCUUAGUUUUCUUGGAUUUCAAUUGCUUUUGGGACUUGGAAUUCUUCUUCAACUGAAUAAUUACAGUCGCAUUCUUGGUGCUUCUUCAUUGUUGCUGGUCUUUUCAUAUCCUUUAAUGAAGAGGGUGACAUUCUGGCCUCAAGCAUAUUUAGGUUUAACCUUCAACUGGGGAGCAUUACUGGGAUGGUCUGCAAUAAGGGGAAGUCUUGAUCCAGCUGUUGUUCUUCCACUCUAUUUUUCUGGAAUGUUCUGGACUCUAGUUUAUGAUACGAUUUAUGCCCAUCAGGAUAAAGAAGAUGAUGUGAAAGUUGGCGUGAAAUCUACAGCCUUGAGGUUUGGGGAUUCAACUAAGGAAUGGAUUUCUGUUUUCGGAGUUGCAUCCAUUGGCUGCUUGGCUCUCAGUGGACUUAACGCUAAUUUGGGAUGGCCGUUUUAUAUCUGUCUGGGAGGUGCAUCUGGGCAAUUAGCCUGGCAGAUUCUGACUGUUGAUUUAGCUUCUCGGGCAGACUGUAAUAAAAAAUUUGUUUCGAACAAAUGGUUUGGAGCGAUUGUUUUCAGCGGGAUAUUACUUGGAAGACUUGCAUCGUGAUAGUGUAA